AUGACAUCUUCUCCCGCGCCAACCAUUCACAUUGCCCAAUCCCUCCUCGCGCGCGCCCAUUCCCCCGACACAGCAUCCCAGCAGUUCACCGAGCGCAUCAAACAAAAACCCCUCUUCCUGCGCCCAACAUCUCCCUCCGCCUCCGACAACCGCUCAAGGCGACGUCUCCACCGCCUCCGCAAAAAGAAUAUUUCCUCCGACACCAACGGCCGCGCCCUCUAUCCGCGCGCGAGAAGCGCACGACAGGCCUCUACGAUCUCCCUAAAGAAGAAUGAAAUCCUUGAUCUGAAAACUGAUGGAAGAAGCGGACUCGUGACACCGGCAUCGCAUGGUGCUAAGCUUGUCAGUGCGGAUUACCAUGGUGCGGAGGUCGAGGUUGUGAGAAGUCGGUCUGCGGGUAGGGUUGGGCUUAAGGGAUUCGUUGUAAGGGAUACGAAGUUUACGUUUGUUAUUGUUACGGAAAAGGAUCAGGUCAAGACGAUACCGAAAGAGCAUAGUAUCUUCCGAUUUACGGUGCCGUUUCCGAAGUCUGCGAAAUUGACGGAUGGAGAGCAGCAAGGCAAAACUGAAGACCCGAAACCACUGGAGUUUGAGUUGCAUGGGAGCCAGUUUGAGAAUCGGCCUGUUGAUCGGGCGAACAAGAAGUUCAAGUGGAGGAAUGUCGAUUAUCUGUGA